AGCUUAUAGAUAAUUGCCUUUUCUUUUCUUUUUAAUCUUGCGCUCUGUUUUUCCUCUUUCGGAAGUUAUAAUAAUCGAUGGGUUGAUUGGAAUGUGAAAUGAAACGAACAAAAAGAUUUGAUUUUGGUAAUUUUUGACCUAAUUACUAAUUUAAGGAGUUCGAUUUUGAUGAGAAGUAAGUUGUUCGCGGAGUGAUUCUUGUUUGGAGUUUCAGGGAGAUAUUUAGGAAAUAUUUUCUUGGCGGAAGUUGGAGAAAAGAUAAGAGAUGUUUUUUCACAUAGUAUUGGAACGGAACAUGCAGCUACACCCUCGCCACUUCGGCCGUGAUCUCCGGGAUAAGCUUGUUGCCAAGCUUAUGAAAGAUGUCGAGGGCACUUGCAGUGGUCGUCAUGGCUUCAUUGUGGCGAUAACUGGUAUUGAAAGUGUUGGUAAAGGGUUAAUCCGUGAUGGCACAGGAUUUGUUACCUUUCCCGUUAAGUAUCAGUGCGUUGUGUUUCGACCCUUUAAGGGAGAGAUUCUAGAAGCUGUUGUUACAAUGGUUAACAAGAUGGGUUUUUUUGCUGAAGCAGGGCCCGUCCAAAUUUUCGUAUCCAAUCAUUUGAUACCGGAUGAUAUGGAGUUUCAAUCUGGAGAUAUACCUAACUACACAACUUCAGAUGGAUCUGUCAAAAUUCAGAAAGACAGUGAAGUUAGGCUGAAGAUAAUUGGAACUCGAGUUGAUGCUACAGAAAUUUUCUGUAUCGGCACCAUAAAAGAUGACUUCCUUGGUGUGAUUAGUGAUCCUGGUGCAACCUCUUGAUGACGUGCUAGGUGAGUCAAGCAAUUUGUUUUGUUUUGAAGGAAAAGUAGUAUCUAUGGACAUUCAAACUUUUAAUCGAAGUGUAGGAGUACUUCAUGAAAUUUUCUUAGUACAGAAAUGAUUUGUAUCAUUUGCAUACUUUGAAUACUGCGGUAGCUUCACGGAUAGGCAGGGUUGUGUUCAGCAGAUACACAAGAGUUCUGGGCAUUUAAGUCUGGACAGUAUAUGAUGUUAGGGGAACGAAAGAAGGUCCAAGGCUGUUGUAUUGAAUCUUGAUGUUGAUUUUUCUGGUAUCUGGGAAGUUGUAAGCACCUUGGUCAGUAUUAUUAGCUUGUGGUAAUCAUCGAUGCUCAUUCCUAA